UCUCAAUCUUCUGCAACACUUUUUCAUAGAUAAGAUCAUAAGAAGAGUUUCUGGAAACAAAAGGUCGAGUUAUGGACUCAGCGGAAUUCUCCGAGUUGAUCCCGGGUUUGCCUGAGGAACUCGCUCUAGAGUGCCUCACUCGGUUGCACUACUCGGCUCACUCGGUCUCAUCCCACGUAUGCAGACGCUGGCGCGAGCUUCUUCAGAGCAAGGACUUCUACUAUCACCGUAGACAAACGGGUUUCACCCAUAAGGCGGCUUGUUUGAUCCAGGCGCUUCCGGUUCCGGCCGAUUCGAAGCCGGUUGGGCAACCGAGUUACGGAAUUUCAUUGUUUGAUCCGGCGAGUGGGGAUUGGGAUCGGGUUGCUCCGAUUCCGAAGUACCCUAACGGGUUGCCGCUUUUCUGUCAAAUCGCGAGUACUGAAGGGAAGCUCAUUGUGAUGGGCGGGUGGGACCCGGCGACGUGGGAUCCGAUUAGGGACGUGUUUAUGUACGAGUUCACGACCGGGAAGUGGACUCAGUGCGAGGACAUGCCGUGUAGACGCUCCUUCUUCGCGAUGGGCGCCGCCGGCGGGCGGGUGUUCGUGGCCGGCGGGCACGACGAGAACAAGAACGCGCUGCGCAGCGCGUGGGCGUUCGACACACGGGAGAACCACUGGAGCGAGUUGCCCGGAAUGAGUGAGGCGCGUGACGAGUGCGAGGGGAUCGUGGUGGGGCCCGAGUUCUGGGUGGUGAGCGGUUACGACACCGAAACCCAAGGGCGGUUCAAGAGCAGCGCCGAGGCGCUGCAAAUGGAAACGGGCGAGUGGAGGCGCGUGGAAAACUCGUGGGCGUCGAGUCAGUCCCCGAGGGGGUGUGUGUGGGAGGGCAAAAACGGAAACCUUAGAAGCUGGACUGAGUGUGACCCGGCAGUGAAAUUCGGGUCAUGUGGAAUUGACCUGGGCGAACAUUGCAUAUUGACCGGGUCAUCUUACCAGGGGGCCCCACAUGCUUUCUUCUUCAUCGAACCACAAAAUCUUAAAUUGGUUAAGACAGACGUCCCUGACGAGUUUGCGGGAAUUGUGCAAUCCGGAUGCUGUGUGGAAAUAUGAAUUAUCCAUUCCAAAUAAUUAUACCAUAUUUGUUAAUACUAUAUGAGUUUCAUCCU